AGCCAUUCUUUUGCCUUAGAUCUCCGGCGUCUUCUGUAGCCGCCAUGGAGUUUUGCCGCAGCUUGCUGAGUCCCAUGUGAACAGGGUCAUGCAAUCAUCUCCAAGUAGAUUCACGUCGCCUCGUCCCUAAACGUGUCUGGCAAGAACAUGUUGGGUAGCUGAAUCGCUCUACCACGUACUUGUAGAGUGCAUGACUGCACUGCACACAAGGAGCACUUGGUGAUAUUUGCCAACAGCCUUGACUUGCUUUCAUGUUGUCACAGCUCGACGAUGCAAUUUUGGACCCAAAGCUGGCCACUCACUUGAUUCGGGCAGGGGCCGAGGAGACGUUUGCAAAGCCUUUCGCUAGCAUCAUUUGGAUGCUUCGUGGUUUUCGAGCUGGCAGGUUGGAGCUGAAUGUCUAUCACUGCAGUGCAGCCAUGACAGCUUUCCACAGGGCCGAGAGAUGGAUGGGGGCAAAUCCAGCAAUCAGUAGUUCGUGUCAGGCCAAGAGAUGGGACUUGGCUUGUGAAAUUCUUUGGAGAGCCUCUUCCGCACGAGCAGUGGAUAGGAUUAGCCACAACUCUGCAUUUUGCUUGGGAGUUGGCAUGUGGCAAAGAGCACUGGGCUUGCUGGAUGCAACACGCAGGCAAGUCGAGCCAGAUUCAAUUACAAUUAAUUCUGUGAUCAACACAUGUACAAGCAGAAGUUGGCCGGUAGCAUGUGGACUUGUUGGAGACAUGAGGUAUCAGAGACUACCAGUGACCGAAAUCACUUGUGGGGCUGCCCUUAAGGUUUGUCAGCAAUGGACGAGAGCGUGCAGUUUCAUGGAGUUCAUGACACGCAGUGCAUUGAAGAUCAAUGUGAUCGUUGGGCACACGGUUUUGGCUGCCCUUACCCUUGGCAGCAUAUGGCGCUUCACUUUGCGCCAGGCCUUCAGGCUGCAAGAAUGUGGCAAUUUAGAUUGCAAGGCCAUCGUUGCCAGCAUUGACAGUAUGUCAAAGGCCUACCGCUGGGAAUUGCCGUUGUCACUUUUCAUGCUGCAUAGAAGAGACUGUCCGCAGAACAUGGGCUGUGUGCCAUCAAACGCAGCUUUGGCUGCCUGUGGGCAAGGAAAUGGAUGGGAUGUGGUCUUGAACUUGUUUGGUGGGAUGGCAGCUCAGGCCUUGGUUCCCGAUGAGAUAACUUGGGGAACCUUAGUCAGCUGCUUGGAACAAGGAGCACGGUGGCAGUUUGCUCUCCACCUCCUGGCCUGUGACAGAGAGGGUUUGGCGAAAAGGUCUGAAAUCUGCACCAACUCUGCUGCAAGUUGCUGUGAAAAGGCCUGUCAUUGGCAGAGCACAUUGUCACUUGUGCAUUGCCUGCGGCAUUUUCGAACCUUUCCUGGAAGCAUCAGCUGUAAUGUUUGCGUGUCGUCAUGUCGCAAUGUGGGCGCCUGGUGGUGGGCGGUGCAGGGCCUCGUGGACAUGCACAGCCGGCAGCUGGUGACCGAAGUGUCUAGCAGCGAAGCAACGAUUGCGGUAGCUCGAACUUCGAGAUGGCUUUUGAGUUUGUCCCUGCUUGCGGGUCUUGCAGGUCUUGCCGGAGCAGAUGGUGGAGCUGCCUGGGCUACCUGCAUGGGUGCCGUGAUUGAGUCGCCUCUUGCCCCAAAGCAACGCUUGCGAUUCCUGGCUGAUCUUGGUAGUUCAGCAAUGAUUUCCACGUCCCUACUGCGAAGCCAAAUGCGCACCCUUGCCGCAGCGCGAGUUUGUCAUGUAUAUAUAGCUCAAAAGUUGACCGUCGUCAGCAUGAAUGCUUCCUGGCUCCAUUCCUGACCUUUCCGCAGGCUCAAGGUAGAUGGACGAAAGACUGGAGAUUGAAUUGGUG